GAAUAAUAUCAAAACUUUGUUAUUCACUCUUUUCAACAUAGAAAUACUUUAACAUUAUCAAAAUUAUUAUGAUAAUUGAUGGAAAACAUGAUAUUUCUUACAAUGGUUACCUUAAAUAUACCGAAAGAUUACAAAGAUAAUCGGAACAAAGAUGAAGUCGUAAACAAUUCUGCCCUCCCUGGAAGUGCCACAAUAGAUCAUGAGGAUAAAGAAGACGACAAACUAAACAAACCAACACCAGAAUUAAGAACAUAUAAUAUUAAAUUGGGAUGGAUACAGGGUGUCUUGAUACCAUGUUUACUAAACAUCUGGGGCGUGAUGUUGUUUCUCCGAAUCGCGUGGAUCGUGGGUCAGGCCGGUAUUGGCACCACCAUUGCGAUCAUCUUCCUCUCUGGAGUCGUUUGUGUUAUUACUGCGCUCUCACUCAGCGCUAUUUGCACUAAUGGAGUAUUGCAAGGAGGAGGAGUGUAUUAUAUAGUGUCAAGGUCAUUGGGUGCUGAGUUAGGCGCAUCUGUCGGCAUCAUCUUCGCUUUCGCCAACUCUGUGGCAGCCAGUAUGAACACGAUCGGAUUCUGCGAGAGUCUAAACGCAUUGCUGAAGUCUAACGGUCUGAAAAUCAUCGACAAUGACGUAAACGACGUCAGGAUUGUCGGAGCUGUUGCUCUAUUGGUUAUGUGUGUGAUUUGUGCAAUUGGUAUGGAUUGGGAAACAAAAACACAGAACAUACUCAUAAUAAUUAUCGUGGUAGCCAUAUUUAAUUAUAUCAUCGGAGUUUUUGUUGGACCAUUAAAUGACACUGCUAAAGCGCAAGGUUUUGUGGGAAUAAGUUUGGAAAAUGCAAAGAAGAAUUUCGGGACCGACUUCAGAUACGACGAGAACCAAUAUCAUGACUUCUUCUCUGUGUUCGCCAUGUACUUCCCAGCAGUGACGGGAGUACAGGCCGGGGCUAACAUAUGUGGAGAUUUAAAGGAUCCAGCAACAGCAAUACCUAAAGGCACUCUGUUAGCGUUGGGUAUAUCGAUGACCAGUUACUUGGUCAUGGCAGUGCUGUGUGGCAUGGCAGCUUUGAGAGACGCCAGUGGCAGCGCGGCAGAUUUAGUUACGGGAAACUUACACGCGUGCAAACCCAACUGUCCCUAUGGAUUACAUAAUGACUACGCGAUCAUGCAGUUAAUGUCAUUGUCGAGCGUGGUAAUCUACGCGGGAUGUUGGGCUGCAACGCUGUCCACUGCACUGACCAAUUUGCUCUCCGUGCCGCGCCUCGUUCAGGCGCUGGGCAUCGACCGAAUCUAUCCUGGACUAAUCUUCUUCUCCAAGCCUUACGGCAAACACGGCGAGCCGUACCGGGGAUAUGUCCUCACCUUUAUCGUGUCUCUACUCUUCCUGUUAAUUGCUGACUUGAAUGCAAUAGCACCACUCAUCACCAACUUCUACCUGGCUUCGUAUGCGCUCAUUAAUUUUUGCACAUUCCAUGCAGCUUUUGUGAUGGCGAUUAAUUGGAGACCAUCUUUUCGGUACUACAAUAUAUGGCUGUCGUUGCUUGGGUUCCUGAUGUGUGCUGCCAUCAUGAUAGUGAUCAGCUGGAUCACUGCGUUAACCACCAUCAUCAUUUUUGUCACUCUGUACCUGUUGGUGCUUUAUAGAAAACCAGAGGUAAACUGGGGCAGCAGCACUGAAGCUCAGCGCUACAACGAGACGGUGUCAGCGUUGGUGCAGAUGUCGCAUCAGACGGGGAACAUUAAGUCUUACAACCCUCAACUGCUAGUGCUGGCUGGUCGAGCCUAUCUGCGUCCAGCACUCCUCGAUAUUGCCCACCUCGUCACCAAAAAUGGAUCGUUUAUGAUCGUUGCCGAGAUUAUUGAGAACUCCCUGUCGUAUUCAGAACGACUGGAAUGUCUACAACGCGGUGAAGGAUGGCUACAAUCUCGGAAACACCGCGGGUUCUUCGUUGUUAUCGACGGCUUUUCUUUCGAAGAUGGGCUCAGAGCCGCUAUUGAGACAGCUGGUCUUGGCCGCCUAUCUCCGAAUAUUGUCCUCAUUGGUUACAAGAACCACUGGGCAAAGGCGCCGCUAAAUAAGCUGAAAGAGUAUGUGAGGAUGAUACAAAUCGCAUUCGAGUAUCAGUUAGCUGUGACAAUAUUCCGAGUUUCCGACACAUCGACACGGAGGAACCAGCUGCAAGUGAAGGAGUCCGUGACAGAGAACACGGUGGAACUUCGCAUCCAGUCAGAGUUGCGCGCCAUCAUGAACUCUGACUCCGACAUUGAAACAUCUUCUGAUGAAGCUACGGAUUCACCUUUAACAUCACCAUCUCAUGAAACUCCUCCAGAUAAGGAACAGUCGGAGCAGACUAAACUAUCUCCUAAAAUAUGUGAACAGAAAUCUGGUAUAUUUAAGCCAUUGGAAUUUUUCGGAGAAAAUUUGGACGCCUGGUGGUUAUACGAUGACGGAGGUCUAAAUGUCUUGCUCUCUUAUAUCAUUGCGAUUCGGGGCUUCAGGACAAAGUUGCCUCUUAGAAUAUUUGCUCUCAGUCGAGCGAGCCACGGACUCGACGAAGCCCAGACUCGGAUGGCGGAAAUUCUGCAGAAGUUCCGAAUAGAAUACACUUCCCUGAUGAUGAUUAGAGGCCUCAAUGUGCCGCCACGGGAAGAAACUCAACUAUUUUUCAGUACUUUGAUACAGGACUUAAGAACCGACUCGGAAAGUGAUACACUGAUACAAGACUCGGAACUAAUCAGCCUGAACGUCAAAACUCAACGGUAUCUACGACUGCGCGAGUUGUUGCUGGAGCAUUCUUCCACAUCGUCCAUGAUUGUGGUGACCCUGCCAAUGCCCAGACAGUUUGUAUCAGCUGCGAUGUACAUGGCUUGGCUUGAGAUAUUGAGCAGGGAUUUGCCUCCGACGUUGUUUGUUCGCGGCAACGACGUCUCUGUUAUUAGUGCCUCUUAGAUGCCCAAAUGAAACAAAAACCAUCAAUGUAAUAAUCUUAAUAUAUAAUAUAAAUCCAGUCACCCAGUG